AUGGCAGUGUUAGGCAUUCCCACAGAGUCGGUGACUCAGUACUGGCAGAUGUUUCUGGAGAAGGUCCGUAGUCCUGAAACCCAGAAAAAGCUAGUCUUAGUUAUAGUGUGUAUAGCUUUGCUUCUAGAUAAUAUGCUAUAUAUGGUCAUCGUUCCGAUUAUACCCAACUACUUGCGUAGUGUCGACGCUUGGAAAACAGUACAGACAAGCUACCAGUUGAACACUACUUUUAACUGGUCGCUCGUCAAUGGUUCGGGACCAACAGAGACAACGAUUGAGUACCAGAAUGAAGACAUCUCGCUCGGCGUUCUCUUCGCAUCUAAAGCCAUUGUUCAGUUGCUUGCAAAUCCGUUCUCUGGGACUUUUAUUGACAGAGUUGGCUACGACAUACCAAUGCUUAUAGGUUUGGUGAUCAUGUUCGUUGCCACAGCAGUUUUCGCCUUUGGUGAUACGUACUGGGUUUUGUUUGUCGCCAGGAGCCUACAGGGUGUCGGAUCGGCGUUCGCAGAUACUGCGGGGUUUGCCAUGAUUGCUGAUAACUUCCAACAAGGUGAAGAGAGGACCAGAGCACUUGGAAUUGCGCUGGCUUUUAUUUCAUUCGGAUGUCUUGUGGCACCUCCUUUUGGGGGAAUCCUUUACGAAUUCGCUGGCAAGAAAGUACCGUUCCUGAUUCUUGCUACCAUUUCUCUUCUGGAUGGUUUUAUGCUGAUGUUUAUUAUCAAACCGUAUGACCGUCAAAAACGUAUUCAGAUGCCAAAAGGAACACCUAUUUAUAAACUUAUGCUUGACCCAUACAUCGCCACGACAGCCGGAGCGCUAGCCACAGCUAAUAUUUCUCUCGCGUUUAUAGAACCAACCAUUGGUGUCUGGAUGAGAGACACUAUGAACGCACCUAGUUGGCAACAAGGCAUAAUAUGGCUGCCUCCUUUUGUGCCUCAUGUCAUUGGCGUAGUUUUAACUGUGAAACUGGCAGCCAAGUAUCCACACUACCAGUGGUUAAUUGCAUGUAUAGGCUUAUUCACCAUUGGUGCUAGUACAAUGAUAGUUCCUUUUUCAGAAACUUUUGGAGUUCUCAUCGUCCCGUUGUGUGGCAUCUGCUUUGGAAUAGCUUUAAUAGACACAGCGCUUCUACCAACUCUUGGCUUCUUAGUUGACGUUCGUCAUGUUUCUGUCUACGGAAGUGUUUACGCUAUAGCAGAUAUAUCCUAUUCUCUAGCUUAUGCCUUUGGUCCUAUACUAGCAGGUGAAAUCGUACGGGAUAUUGGUUUUAUGUGGUUGAAUAUAAUAAUCGGUUUGCUCAGCAUAGCCUACUGCCCAAUGCUUUUUAUUAUCCGACGUAUCUACGACAUGCGUCCUCAAAUGUUUGAAGACACUGUUCUUUUGACGACUGAUCCGCCAAAAGGUCUUUAUCGCAUAGCCUUGGCACAGAAUAAGAAAGGGGACAUUGGUGACGGACUUUAUAAAGACGGUAUCGUGAGAAUGAACGGAUCCAUCAAUGAGCCCCGUACUGACUCUGACGAAGAACCAGAUUCUUCCCCGAGUCCAAAGCAUAAAGUCCAUGUUCGGAGAGUGCACCCGCGCGAUCAGUAUGGUACGUUAUCUGCUGAAGAAGAUUAG